CCCUGGGCAACUGGCACUUGGUGUUGUUUCUUGAACAAAGAGAUUUCCUGCGCAGAAUCAACCGUUGCGUUCGCUUGGUAGAACCCCUUUCCUUGCACGAAGAAAUGAUGUCCUGAGAAAGGGAGAAGGAUUUUUCGCACACAUUUCGCAGGCUAUAACUAACCUGGGGUACCACAGGCCCUUGAAAACCUAGACGCAGGCUAGAAAAUGAAGAAUUCCUUCACACCAUCGCCAAGAAACGACACACGUGUAACGACGCAUGCGUAUAACGUAGGGUAACCACGCCCACCAAACUGAUGCGCGAAUGCGUACUGUUGAACCUUAGAGCGUUUCAGCUAAGCUAGCUAGCUUAGCUGUUGUGAGCGAGUCUCCGGCGCCACCAUGCCGCAGACUCAUCCUUCGGCGGCGAUCUUCGCCGAGUAUCCGAACGUCAGCAAGGACAAGCUCACCGUGAAAGACGCACUGGCCGUCCGUAGAGCUCUCGAAAACCUAACUGCGCGCAUCAUACACAUUGGCCGGGCGCUCAGUCUCGGCUCCGACCGGCUUGAAGUCAUUGAAAAGGCCCACGGAGCCUCGGGAACUCGGUGUGCAAUCGCGGUGAUCGACACGUGGCUGAGAGGCAACUAUAACCCAACCAAAGAGCCAUACACCAUUGCUGGGAACAACCCCCACCCUUCCUGGUGGAAUUUGGUGUGGGCAGUGUGUCAUCGAAUCGGCGGGAAAGACCCGGCCGAGGCCAGGAUUAUUGCAGAGAAUCACAAAAGUUUCCACAGUUCCGCUCCUGAGCCCAAGUUCUCCAAUGUUCACACAACCCCUUUCAAGAAGGGGGACGAAGAUCAGGUGGCACUGGCUCUGGAGGACGUGUGGCCACUCUGGUACGAGAUUGGAGCCGGGCUGGAGAUCCCCACCUCUACUCUGGACCAGAUCCAGGGCGCCCCCGAAGAUCAGACCAUUGGGAUGAUUAAGACUUGGAUAAAGGAUGGGUCUCCCCCUUUUCCUUGUUGGAGCCAGUUGGUGGAGGCGGUGGCUGCCUCGUACGGAGGACAGAACCCCGCACUUGCUGCUGAGCUGGCCAAAGAACACUCCACUGGAGCCACUGAGGGUGAACCAGAACCAAUGGAAAGCGAGCCGUCAUCCACCACCACCUCAACUAAUGGCACUAGCACCACGCCGGCUACUGGGCAACAAGUUUCAGGGGGAGGAGCCAUGGGAGUUGACUCCGCCCACCCUACACCACCAGACUCCGCCUUCUCCAACCUACAGCCUGAAAUACCGACAGCUAGCAUCGCAGACGACGGCGGGCAAUUCACAAUCAAUAAUUUCAUCGUCUACCGCCGCAACAAAGGGGGCAAGUCACACGGAGUUGCUCUAGUAAUCGCAAACGAGAGAUUCAAGGGGCUUCCCCAGCGUUUGUGCGCUCAAGUCGACGAGCAACGCUUGCUCAAAAGCCUCACUGCCCUCGGGUAUCGCGUCGUUCUCCGCAGAGACCAAUCGGCAGAGCAAAUGGAGCAACUCAUUGAGGCUGUCGGGAAAAACACGGGCAGUGAUAAGUCGCUCCACGUCGAGAAAGGCGACGACAGCUUUAUAUGCGUAGUUUCUUCUCACGGGGAUUGGGAUAUGGCGAAAAACACCGACGUUAUAUAUGGAAGCGAUAGGGGUACCAUGGAUCUGCAGGAGACAGCCUACAAGUACUUGGGGACGACGGUCUGCGAUCACCUGAAGGGAAAGCCAAAGAUGUUCUUCGUGCAGGCUUGUCGCGGGGAGCAAUACGGGAGAAUUGCAGCAGACGACAGCGGUGCACCUCGACUUCCGCACGAAUCCGAUUUCUUCAUCUCGUAUUCGACGGCGCCCAUGACAAAGGCGUUUCGUUUCGACCCGAACAAGGCGCAACCUGAGGGCGGGGGUAUCGACCUGUCCACCGAGCAGAGCUACGACAAAUACAACAUCGGUUCGUUUUACAUCACCGAAAUCUGCCUCGCAUUCGACAAUCUCGCUCGCAAGAUGGAUCUCAUGACGAUGAUUCUACUGGUUCACCAUAGGCUCCAGGCCAGCGACAAGAUGCUGUUCAAACUGGGGUCUAAGACGACGCGGCAGUGUCCUCACAUGAGCGUCAGUCUCAGAGGAGCGGUGUUUUUCUUCGACAAGGCAGAGGAGCUGUUUAGGGACCACGUGAAACAGUGUCUCAAGUGAACAUUAUUUUUUUGACUCUAGAAAAGACGUAUUUUUGUGGACUCCUUUUGUACAUUAGUAUUUUUGAUGGUACUCUUGUAUUUUAGCUAUUUUCCAAAUUCCAUUUUUUAUUGUAAGGUACAUUUUUAGUGUUGAUUAAUAAUUAUUGUAAUUGCCGCAAAUCCUUAUAUUUUUCUAUGAGAAUCCUGUAUGUUACUGUGGAACACAAUGACAUAAUAAAAUACUGGAACGUAGAGACUGAAUUAAGCUCUACCGAGGGGUACAGUAAAUGAUAUAUAGUCUCCGAUGGCAUCCCAGUUGGCUCUCUGGGUCUGAUAGACCGACACCCACACCACUAUCACCACUAGCCACACCAGAAAACCUGCCAUCGAGCCUCCCACGUAUUUCUGUAGCUGUCUGGACCUGUCUUUGUCUUUCCUGAAGAACGCCUCUCUGAAGAACCACACGGAGUUGACCAGCCACACCAUCGGGAGCAAGAAACAACCGAUGAUGAAGUAUUUUCGGCUGAUCUUCAGUUUUUCCUCGUCCGUCAGUUUGGCGAGCUGCAUGUCUCCUGUGGGGGAUAUGGGAAGUCUUCACGUAACGUCAGGAGAAAGCCAGAGGCAUGUAUAACUGUCUAAAAGCCACCUGGGGAGCGGCUAAGGGCGGCAAGAGCAGAGACGGUUUGUGCUGAUUCAGCAGCAACACACAUGUGACGUCACGUAAACGGCGUAUUCUGAAUAGUGCGCACCAUUUCCACGCGGGCUCUUCUACCCCAACCUUCCCCUGGACUUCCAAGGCAGCCAUGGACGCCGGAGACAUGUACGACGAGUUCGGAAACUACAUCGGACCAGACAUAGAGAGCGACGAGAGCGAGAAAGGGGAGGAAGAGGAAGAAGAACGAGAGGAGGGAAGCGAUGAUGGAGAGGGGGAGGAAGGAAUGGAGGUUGCAGAGAGAGGAGAAGAGGGAGAGGAGAUGGCAGUUGUCCUCCAUGAAGACAAGAAAUACUAUCCCACAGCUGAGGAAGUCUAUGGACCUGAUGUUGAGACUAUAGUUCAAGAGGAGGACACUCAGCCACUGACGGAGCCAAUUGUCGCUCCGGUGAAGAAGAAGAGUUUCUCGUAUCGCGAGCAAGAGCUCCCCAAUACAAUCUACGACAUUGAGUUUCUGUCAGAUCUGAUGGACAAACGGGAAUUGAUUCGAAACGUGUGCAUCGCCGGACACCUCCACAGCGGAAAGACCAGUUUCGUGGACUGUCUUCUGGAGCAGACACACCCUGACUUUGUAGUCAGUGGAGAACACCCGUUGCGAUACACGGACACUCUGGUCACAGAGCAAGAGAGGGGAGUGAGUAUAAAGGCAACGCCAGUGUCUCUAGUUCUGCCAGACUCUAAGGAAAAGUCUUACCUCGUCAAUAUCUUUGACACUCCAGGUCAUGUGAAUUUCUCUGACGAGCUGACGGCGGCGUUCCGACUGAGCGACGGAGUGAUGAUAGUGGUGGACGUCUCUGAAGGUGUCAUGCUGAACACGGAGAGAAUCGUGAAACAUGCUCUGCAAGAGAAACUCAACAUUACACUCUGUCUCAACAAGAUUGACAGAUUGAUUCUGGAGCUGAAACUCCCUCCAUCUGAUGCCUACUUCAAACUCAAACAUACCAUCGAUGAAGUCAACAGCCUUCUGAGUAUCUACUCAGACUCGGAAGAGGCACCAGUUAUGUCUCCCCUGCUGGGAAACGUCUGUUUCGCCUCCUCCCAGUUUGGAUUUGCCUUCACUCUCUACUCAUUCUCCCUCAUCUACUCCGAGAGCUUUGGGGGAUUUUCAGCUCACGACUUCUCCAAGAGGCUCUGGGGGGACAUCUUCUUCAACAAAACCACGCGGACGUUUUCGAAGAAGACCACGUCUCCCGAUGCACAGCGAAGCUUCCUCGAGUUCAUUCUGCAGCCUCUCUACAAGUUGGUGGCCCAGACAGUCGGGGAUGUGGACACUACUCUACCGCAAGUUCUGGACGAGCUCGGUGUCAAUCUCUCUAAAACAGAACUCCAGCUCAACAUUCGCCCUCUACUCAGACUUGUCUGUCAAAGAUUUCUCGGAGACUUCAACUGUUUUGUGGACAUGUGUGUGCAGCACAUACCGUCUCCCGUUGAUGCCGCAGAGGUCAAAGUUCAAUCAACGUAUACCGGUCCCCUUGACGACCAGCUAGCAGAGGCCAUGACCUCGUGUGACCCUGAGGGUCCUUUGAUGCUCCAUGUGACCAAGCUGUUCCCCAACCAAGACUUGACCAUGUUCCAUGCUUUUGGUCGAGUCAUCAGCGGCACCUUGUACGCUGGCCAGCAAGUCAGAGUGCUGGGAGAAAACUACACACUCGAAGACGAAGAAGAUUCCAAGAUUGCUCAGGUUGGGCGGCUGUGGAUAGCCGAGGCUCGCUAUACGGUCGAGCUGAAUAGGGUCCCGGCUGGUAACUGGAUUCUAGUGGAGGGAAUCGCCCAGACCAUCACCAAGACAGCCACCAUCACUCAGAUGAGCGGCUGCGAAGAUGCACAGAUAUUUCGUCCACUCAAGUUCAACACGCAGUCGGUGAUAAAGAUAGCCGUGGAGCCAAUUAACCCCUCUGAGCUCCCAAAGAUGUUGGACGGUUUGAGAAAAGUCAACAAGUCCUACCCUCUCCUUGUCACCAAGGUGGAAGAAUCGGGGGAGCAUGUGGUGUAUGGAACUGGAGAGCUCUAUCUCGACUGUGUCAUGCACGACCUACGAAAAAUGUACUCCGAAAUAGAGAUCAAGGUGGCUGAUCCUGUAGUGGCGUUCUGUGAGACAGUUGUGGAGACCUCUUCUCUCAAAUGUUUUGCCGAAACACCCAACAAAAAGAACAAGCUGACAAUGAUAGCAGAGCCUCUGGAGAAAGGGUUGGCAGAAGAUAUUGAGAACGAGGUGGUUCAGAUCGGCUGGACAAAGAAGAAGAUUGGUGAGUUUUUUCAGACCAAGUAUGACUGGGACCUCCUGGCUGCCCGCUCCAUAUGGGCCUUUGGUCCAGACGCCACGGGACCUAACAUACUGGUGGACGAUACCCUUCCUUCCGAGGUGGAUAAGAACCUGCUUGGGUCGGUAAAAGACUCAAUUGUCCAGGGGUUCCAAUGGGGGACGAGGGAGGGGCCCCUCUGCGACGAACCAAUCAGAAACGUAAAGUUCAAGAUUCUCGACGCCGUGAUUGCAAACGAACCGAUCCAUCGCGGAGGCGGGCAGAUCAUUCCGACGGCGCGAAGAGUCGCGUAUUCGGCGUUUCUGAUGGCCACUCCGAGACUGAUGGAACCCUACUACUACGUGGAGGUGCAGGCUCCUGCUGAUUGCGUGUCUUCUGUGUACACAGUAUUAGCAAGGAGAAGGGGCCAUGUCACUCAGGAUGCUCCUGUACCUGGCUCUCCUCUCUACACCAUCAAGGCCUUCUUGCCUGCCAUUGACUCCUUCGGGUUUGAGACCGACCUUCGAACCCACACACAGGGACAGGCAUUCUGUCUAUCAGUAUUUCACCACUGGCAGAUUGUGCCGGGAGAUCCUCUGGAUAAGACUAUAGUUAUUAGACCGUUGGAACCACAACCAGCUCCCCAUCUGGCCAGAGAGUUUAUGAUCAAGACCAGGAGGAGGAAGGGUCUGUCGGAAGACGUGAGCAUUUCAAAGUUCUUUGAUGACCCGAUGUUGUUGGAGCUGGCAAGACAAGACGUUAUGUUUAACUAUCCAAUGUGAACACUAAAAUUACACAACAAAUACAUGUUUUAAAAAACUAGUUUUGUUUCUGUUCGUAAUUCUACCUGCUAAAGUUACUGUUAGUGUCAUAUAAAAAAUAUCGAAGUUACACAUCUUGUUGUAUGUCAACCUCA